CCCAUCUCAUAUAUCUCCCUUCGCAUUCCACUCCCUCCCAGCACUCCCCACUCUCCCUCUCUCUCUCUCUCUCUAGUUACUCCAAGAAGCUUUAAGAGAGAAACCAAACCAAUCCAAACAAAAACAAAACCAAAAAAUGUUACUGGGAAAGCGUCCCCGACCUCCAAUCAAGAGAACCACAAGCAUGACCGGCAUCACCGUCGAUCUGACUAGUGAGGAGGCCCCUCAGCCGUCUGAUCCCCAGAUCCCCAUCCCCAACCUGGAACAAUCUUCAGGCCAUGAUGCUACUCACAACAACAACAACGCGUACAUGAAUUUUGGUACCAAAGGGUAUCAGGAUUCAUUCCUGUCCAUCUUGUCUCCCAGACUCCAUAGGCGAAACUCCGCCGAUUUCAUCGAAACCGCACACUUCCUCCGCACGUGUGGCCUCUGCAAGCGUCGUUUGGCCUCUGGUCGAGACAUAUACAUGUACAUGGGAGAUACAGCCUUUUGUAGCUUAGAAUGCAGAGACAAGCAGAUGAAGCAGGACGAGAGAAAAGAGAAGUGCAUGGGGGCUUUGGCGGCGUCCACAAGCGACGAACGCCGCGGAACGACGUCGUCUGCUAAUUCCUCAAAGGGGUCGUCGUCAUCAUCAUCAGCUGGUAAAAGCCAGACAAUGGCAGCCGCUUGAUUAAAAGAAAAAAGAACGGAUGGCUGGAGAUCUAGAAAGAAAGAUAGUGAAGAAUGACGAUUUUAUAUAUAAUAUAUAUAUAAAGAUAAAAGGAAGAGAAUGAGAUGAGUACUUGACAAUAGAAGAGAAGUGCAAUAUGAUACUAUUGCCUUUCUAUGAACAUCCCCCCAAAAAAAUCCCACUAUAUUGUCACUAUCUACUUAAUUAUAUAUAGUAAUUAGUAGUAAAGCUUUUUCCUGUAAUGAAACAAAAUAUAUAAUUAUGUCUACCAUUAUUGGAAAAAGAAAAAAGAAUUAAAAGAA